AUACUCGUUAUUAUGUAAUCAUUUUAUUUACUUCUUUUAAAGUGGUUCGUGUUAACAGUUAAAGCGAACAAAACAAGAGAAAUCUCAUAAACUUCUGAUCUUCGGGCGUAUCGGCCGACAUAAUAGACAUAUGUUUCGCAUACAAAAAGUAAUGAUAGCGGAAUAUAAUGACAUAUAUGAGCCUGUAAUUGUUGAAAAUCCUUUUACGCAAGUGACAGAGUGCGGCCAGGGUCUAAGACAAUAUCAUAUCGGCCUUACACGUACAAAACUGAUAUUCGGUUGCGAUGAUUUUGACGAUUGCGCGGAUUUAAACAGUUGUCUCUAUCGCGAGAUAGAUCCCGAGAUCGAGACGUUUCAAUUGGUCAGUUUGUUACCUCUGCAAUUUGUUAAAUUGCAAUUCUUUCGCAAACAAAAUAGGGACAUAAUGUGCAUCACCAUCUGCGGGGAAGAGGAUAAGCCAAUGUUCUUUGAGUUCGGCGGACAUUUAUAUAAAAAUCUUUUUUGGAAUACUUGGCGUGAACGCGUAUCGACGAUAAGACUUUUACAUCCCCCUCUUUUUCAUAUAUCCGGUUCAUCGCCAUUCUCCAGCACCGAUAUAUUAGCCGAAGAGGAAAGUUGCCAAGUGUUAAUACACCCCGAGCCGAAAUUCUCUUUCAGUAGAUGCUCUUUAAGUUGUGGCCAAAGUAGUUUUUAA